AUGUCGCGGACUUUCGGCUGUUGGCUCACAUUGUCUGAAGACGAAAAGCUGUCGUGCUUUGAAGCAAAGUCAGCUCCGCGGAGGGGGCUUCAGUACCAAACCCAGAAGCUCAGUGCGUGGCGAGUGGCAGGAAAGUUACAAGAAGAAUGGAACAGAAUUGCUCCAGAAAUCAAGUCGAGGACAGACAAUAUUAACUUCCGAAGCAGUAUAUCACCUGGAAACCCUGAAAAUGCCCUCAUUCGGUGGGAGUUAUACCUCGUUGGGAAGACACCAGAGGCAAGCAAGUUGAAGCCUACGAUUGUCGCAGAAUGCGGAGAUGUUGUGUUGGCCAAAAAAGCAUGCAAGGCUCUACAAGAUAUGAAGAAACACUCCCUCGAACCUUUACUUGGGACCUACGACAUGCACUAUGCACAAGCACAGAUUCGGCUUCGGGCUGAACCAAAUGGGAUUGUGUCUCCAUCACUUUCUAGUGCGGAUGGCCAUUACAGUCUUUGUGGCCAACAAAUUAUCAUUUCUUCGUGUCUCGGGGCUGAGACACCAAUCUUUACCACUUCUACUAUUGGCGGGGCUAUCCUUAUCGGCGGUACAUAUUAUGCCUUAACUGCGGCGCAUGCUUUUCCCGAGCGUAUAUUUGAUCGUCCAACGAGCAACGAGGGCGCUCAAAUCGGCAAAAAUCCUCCGCAUCCAGGUGAUGAAAGUCUCAAGAACGAUGCCACCGUCUCCGAUUCUGCACCUACACCUCGCGGUUUGCUCCGUCUCACAAGGUCUGUAUACAUACAAAAAUGUGAUCGCAACUCGAUCAAUCCGGAAGACUUGAGCAUACCUGCUCAACCGUCAACCGGAGCUGCUGCGCUCAUCAACAGUGCGUCACAACAUGUCAUGCUCAAUCGCAAUCAAGACUGGGCUCUGGUGCCCAUUGAAAAUUAUCGAUUCAUGUGUGAGAACAAAUUCACAUCACCUACUGGAUCAAUCCUCCACGUUACUGGCAUUUCCGAAAAUAUACCACCUGGUCCAGUCAUUAUCGCCACCGGCGUUUCUGAUCCUGCAGUUUCAACAGUUUCACAGACUACAUCGCUGCUGCUCCUACCUGGAUGCGAGCAGCUUCAGAUCGUGUGGAGUGCGGAAAAACCUAGCGCACCUGGAGAUUGUGGCUCCUGGGUCAUAGAUGGAAAUGGUAAAGUGUGUGCAAUGGUCGUUGCAGCAUCGGAAGACGAUGAUGAGAUAUAUUGUUUGCCGCUUGCCCCAAUAUUUCGCAACAUACAGGAGCAGAUCGGAAGCGAGGGACAACCAGAGAUGCCUUUGGAUGACGAGCUCUUAGCCAAAAACGAUAAAGACUCUUCCGUCGACGGCCUUCACAAAGGUCAAUCACUCACCGUAAUCGGUUGGAGAUCUUUGUUGAGCGGAGAUUCGAAAAGUACUAUGAAUGGCUAUACUCCAAUCCGGCAGGAGCGCUCCACCAAUGUUGAUGUCCUCAUCGAACCAGAGUUUUCCCAGUCGAAAACCGGCCCAAGACAUGCAGAGCCUGAGCGUGAUAUCCAAUCUACAAUACCAGGGAUGCAAAAGGAAGAAGCAGUAUCAGUGACGACCACAUCAGCGGCUCAAAAUGAGACGGAGAAAUCAAUAAAAGUUGGGGAACCAUCUGCAGGCCAUGAUUCGCAGAUGGAAAAGCAAAAUACGCGUUUAAGCUCCAACAGAGACUCAGAAUCACGAUCUCUUUCAGGGCCGGGGAUCAAUCAGAAAUCGCAAGACAAACUAGCGACCGCCACGACAUUGAGCUUUCAGUCUCCAGAGCUUGAGUCCCGCAGCCCUCCUUCGCGUGAGCGGGAAAGGGAGACCUUCGUUCGAGAAGAGAUUCGGGAAAGGCCAAGAUCUCCCCCUGCUAUCUUACGAGAAGAGCACAUUGUAACCUCAGCUGAUCCAGUAGUCUUAGCUCGGAGAGCACAAGAAAACUUUAAAUUUGUGCCUCGACCUCGUUCUCGAUCCCCGUCUCCCGAACCGGAAAGGAAGGUGGGAGGAGAUGAUACCAUUAUAAGAGAAGAGCCAAAGAUAAUAUCGAGACCACCAUCUCGGACCAGCGAAAGCGAACAAGACGAAAACGGAGAAAGGAUCAUCUUUCGCCGGCACAAGAGAAUUAAUGAUCGGAGACCUCCUCGUCCUCCUCGUCCUCGUGAACGUGAUGUGCAACCUCCGCCUCCAAGAGAGGUGAAUUCCUCCAGAGACAUUCGCCGCGAUAAAGAUGACCGAGGAGACGUAGAGAACUAUAAGCUGAGGCUUAAAGCCCGCUUUCUCCAACUUGGUGAGUCACGAGACGCUGUAGCUUGUCGAAAUAACAAUAUCGCAGGUUAUUCGCCAGGACAGAUCCAAAGUCUACUUGAGGUAGAGAGCGACAAUACUCAAAGUGCUACUGAACGACCAAAGGCGACUCAUCAAACGAACACUUUCUCCAGCAACCGACCGGGUCCCCAACCUGCCACUCGACAAACCCCGCACCAGCUGGCAGACCGCCCGUUCCACCACCCUGAUCAUAUGGAUAUACCUAAGCCCUCGUACAGGCCAUCAGACUUGCAUAAUUCUCGUCAUCCAUUCAGCAGCCUCGAUCGCUUCAAGAAAGUCAGUCGGAAGGAUAUCUCCCCCCAGUCUCUCGAAGAAUUUGGCAUUCAGUGGCAUUGGGACCCUCACGACGACUACUACAUCAGGAUGGCCUUAGUAAGUGAUUCCCAAAUGCAAAGACUCCGAGAGCAUACGCAACGAACUUUCAACGGAGACAGCGCCAACAAGAUAAGGUCCCGUCCUCCCUUGUCAGGUCCAGCAGAUACAUAUGUAUAUGCUCCUUGGAGGCGAUAUGUCGACGACCUCGACAUCGAUAGGUAUGACGAUCGCCGCCAGUAUCGAGAAUCUUUCCACGAAACUGAAUAUCCGGAGCGACGUCGAUCCAUAUCUCGUGUUCACACUACCUUUCCAAGAAGACAAAGAUCACAAGAUCAACAUGAGCGGGAGAUGGCAUUUGCAAGAAGACUGCGAGAACAUGAGCCUGGAAUAGCUAUCCGGGCGGUUGAAGAGAGAUACCGAAAACAGGUCGAACAGCAAAAAUCCAUCGAUUCUAAUUGUCGGGUGCUGGACCUUGAAUUCGAAGCAAUGGUGCAAGAUCUUUUUUGGGAUGCAGGAAUAUCUCCAGAGACGUGUGAUACUCUGAUCAAAAUGCACCAGGAUAAAGAAGCAAAGAUAAGAGCUCACAGCCACGGCGGAGCACACCACAAUCAUAGCGCUGAUCAUUGCAGCAAUUGCAAUGGUUCAACAAGUGCAACUCCAGGGGGCAAAGGAGAGGAAGAUGACAAAAACAGGGAGAGGCUGACCUGUUCCAUGAAAGUUGAGAUCGACGGAGUCAUCAUGCCUUGCGCCAAAACAUUCCGAGAAGAUGAUGCACUGAGGAGACAUGAGCAAAAUCACCUUUCGCAGGCGCCAUACUAUGUGGAAGAAUCGGGCGAAGUUAAACGACCCUUGCAAAGGCAAGACAGCCCGAGGACUGGAUACACCGACAUCAAGCGCUACGUUGAGCGAGUUGAAGACCCAGACACCCGCUAUAUGCAGCGUGUGAGGGAAUACUCAUAA